GUGCAGUUAUGACAGUUCCCUGGCCACUGGCCGCGUUUUUUGCUUAAAUUGCUAGCCGUUCAGUAUGCCUCAUAAAAGACCGAACGUGGAGCCUGGAUCACCGGAGAGGAACGGCCAGGAUAUCGUCAAGAAAAAGAGGAUUGACGAGUCACUUUUUGCUGAAGUUUUGUCCGAGUCGGGGUUUAUUUUGAACCUGAACAACGAACCGUACACAUUGGAGACGGACCAGGCGCUGUUCCAGCGGCGACUGCAGAAGUCGCUGCGAUCCCACCCGGUUCACUGCUACCCUGGCAGUGUCAAGGAGUUUCUGCGCGGACUGGACGGACACAUUGCCGACAACGGCCGACUCAAAUGGGCCUUACUCUACACACAGACGGCGGUCGGGUGCUCGGCAGCGUCACGCGCCGGCCACCAGGACUCGCUGCUCCGUCUGCUGCUGAACGUCGACGAACUCCAGCUGCCGGUUGUUACCCUGCUGGUGGAGCGACUGCUGGAGGUGGCCUACAGCGUCAGCUCUGACGAUGACCGCAGUCUACCACGGCUGGUGCUAGCUAACCUACAGCGCCUGGACCGGCUCACCAACCCAGCUGCCGUCUCCGAGAAAAUGCUGGAGCUGCUGAUCAGUGCCCCGCCAGAGGUUCAAAAGGACAUCAUUACGUUCCUUCCCGAAAUAGUGGACGACUCGACGCACCCAAAGGUGGCUGAAGAACUAUGUAAACUCUACUACUCGUCUCCGGAGCUGUCGGUCACCAUCCUGGACGCUCUGCCGGGUCUGCGUCUGUCGUCCGAGGCGCUGCUCGAGGUCAAACACUCUGUGCAGAAGACGGUGCAGGCGGCGCGGCCCGAACAUCUGCCCGUGGUGGUGAAAUUUCUGCUAGAGGAUGCCGGCCGCGCUGAGGAGCUGAUUGCCGACCUGCGCCGUCGUAUACGACUGCCUCCUCCAGCCGAGCAGUCAGCGGGAACGUCCGGCACCCAGGGCCCCCACAGCGCCUCACACGAGAUGGCGCUGCUGCAGAACAUCCGCUUCGCGUUCCAGGUGGAUCGGCGCCAGCACACGUCCUGGCUAAAGGCUCUGGACGGUAUCUCGCCGCCGGAGGUACACCACCCGUUGGACGUGCUGCUGUUGCUGCAGCUCCACGACACGGCACCCGCCCGCCAGCGGCUCGUCGAGGGCGUCCUCAAGAAGAAGGUGCGCGCGCGCGUCUUCAGCCGGGAGGUGCUUCAGCAGACGUUCGAGGCGCACUCUCAGACGCUGAAGCAGUUUAUCUCGACUCUGCGCCGACUGGCCGCCUUCCUCCUGCGCUGUACCGAGCCAGUUCUGUCAGCGUAUGGCACCGAGAUGUACAGGUUAGCGUUCGUCUCGUUCUCUGGUUACCAGCAGCAGGAGGUGGUGGUGGGCUUACUGUCCCAUUCUGCUGACCCGCCGACAGUGCGACAGGCCGCCCUCCGGCUCUGUCAGACACUGGCAGAGGAGAACACGGACGCGCUGGCUCGCUACUCGGCCUUCCUCAAGAGCUGGCUGGACCUGCUGGAGCAGCUGACGCUGCCCGAGGCGCGCCAGCUGAUGGAGGUGCUCAGCACGCUGGCGUUCCGCGCGCCGCACGAGGCCGCCACUGUCGGCGACGAGCUCAAACUGAUGACGCACAAACAGCUGGCCAGCUCAUCCUGUCGGUACAAGCGUCUGGGUGUGGUCAGCGUUCUAAUGGCCAUCAAGUGUCGCCAGAACAGCGCUGACUCGAGCGAUGCGACCACGGUCUCUGACGAUAGCCAGUCGUCAGAGAUCGUCCUGACCUCGGCUGGCCAGCGGGAGACUGCCCAGCUGCUGCAGCUCGCUCAGACGGCCGUGGCGGGAGCGGCCGACGCGCGCGGACUCCUGCUCGACGAGCUGGCCAGUCUGGUGUGGCGCGCCGGCAUCCACCCCAAGAUAGAGCGAUGGAUUUGUGACCAGCAGAUUGACGAUUUCCAGGAGACGUAUGUGGUGGACCUGCCGGAUGGCGACCCUCAGUGUGACGGCCUCUCCGUCUCGCUGCAGUACGGCCUGGAGGAGGCGGACGUGGGGGAGAUCGCACUCAACCUGGCUCCGAUGGCACUGAACCGACCCGAGCAGUUAGCCACGCUAUGCGCCCAGUUCCGCCUGCUGCGCCUCUGCGUGGCCUCCCUGGAUGGCGGAGACAUGAAGAAGUUGGACGCGCUCCUCGGCUGUCCGGUGAUACUGCCGGCUGAUCUAGACCCGACGACCGUCGGCGCGCUGCCCGUGCCCGCCCGCCACGCCAUCCUGACGGCACUCUUCCACUGUGUCAACUUCUUCCGGGAGUUGCUCAACGCCUUCUCCACGCAGAAGGACCAGGAGCUAAAAUUGCGGUGUGUCCUGCGUCUGCGCGCCGUGCUCCAGCUGGAGACUCAGAUCGCUCAGCUGCUGCCGCUGGUGCCCGGCUUUGUGCCGCCGGCCGCCAUCUUUGACUCUGAUGUGCCACCGCCGACACCGCCGGCCGCCGGCAAACGGCAGAAGGCGCCGGCCAAGCGUAAGGGCAAGGGUGGCAAGUCGGGCCGUCCGGCUGCGGCCGCGGACGCCUCUGUCAACCAGAGCACAGCUGUGUCUCAACCGGAGCCCACCCAGGCUCCCUCCGGCGGCGGCGCGGGCGGGGGCGGCCUGGCCGGCUACCGCGCCUUCCUGCGAGAACUCGACAUGGACGUCUACCGUCUCCUCUACCGUCGGUUAUCCCUCACCGAACACACCACGGAAAAGUUCUGUCUGCGCCCCUCCGAGCUGCUGCUUCUGCUCGAUGACCUGGCGCUCAAACUGGAGCGCCGCCUGUCCCCCAGCGGUGGCGGGGCACUGGCCGCCAUGCACGCGGCUAAUGGGGCCCGCGGCCUGGGCUUCUCACACCUGGACCUGCUGCCGGAGGCCAGUGUGGCGCGCCAGGCGGCCACGCUGCUGAAGCCGCUCAGCGUCAUCGCCGACAGCAUCGUCGGCAUGUUCAGGUCUCAGAUAGCCGACAAUGAUGGCGUCCUGGACGGUCCGGGGAUGUUUAACGAGGAGUCGGGCCGGCUGUCCACCUGUCUAUCGGCCGUGUACCGCAUCAUGGCCACGCUGCUCUCCUGGCCGGGCCUGCACGAGCCCGCCAACAAACAGCUGGCCACAGAGGCGGUGGGAAACCUGCGUCUGACCGACACCGGCCGCAGCCAGGCGGCGCCCAGUCAGCCGCAGUCUCAGCAGCCGACCACUCGCGCCUUCAGCCUUCUGGAGCAGCACGCGGCGUCUGUGCCGCAGAUCGAGUGUGCGGCGAACCUGGCGCGCACGCUGGCGGCGCUGGCGGAGCUGUCGGCGGAACCGCGGCUGCAUGAGACGCUCGCCGACUGCGCCGAGUCACUACUGAAGCGGGAGUGGUUCUCUGCGGACGGCGCGCGCGAGUCGGGCGCCGCGUACGGCGGCCGGGUGUCCGCCCUGCUGCAGCUGGUACUGGCUCCCGCCGACGGACGCCUGCUGGAGCGGCUCGAGAGGCUGGCACAGACGGCGCUGGCCGAGCUGCUGGACUCGACCGGACGGGAGCCGGCCUCAGAGACCUACCCGACGCUGGCCAAAUCGACAUUCGGCCACUACUACCGCGUCAUGUUCGCCGCCCUGGUGGAGGCGAUCCGCGGCGUGGUGUCGGCCGGCGGCUCGGAGCGCGGGCGACUCGACCGGUGGGCGGCGGCUCUGCGCGUCUUCAACCAGAUGGUCGGCUGCCUGCGAGUGUUCAGCAGUCGGAGCGCCGUGGGAGUCUGUUUGAAGCACUCUCGGCGGCUGGUCGACCUGUUUGUGCGCCACGCCAUCCCCAUGCUGGAGCUCAUGCUGAAGCACCAGCGUGACGAGGUGCUUACCAUUCUGAAGAACUUCCAGCUGAGCGCCCGGUACUUGCACCACGUGUGCAACCACUCCAAGAGUCUGAAGGACGCCAGUCUGAUGAACCACGUGCCCUACUUGAAGAAGGGUCUGGAGUCGUUUGUGUUCCGAGUCAAGGCCAUGCUGGCACUGAAUGGCUGCUCGGAUGCCUUCUGGAUGGGCAACCUGAAGAACCGCGACCUACGCGGCGAGGAGAUUUUCUCCCAGCGCUCUGAGCCGGACGACUCUACCGAGGCUGCCGAGUCUGAGGGCGAGGGCGCCGCCGACUCGGACCUCGACCUGGACGCGGCCGACGAGCGCUCCUCGCCCUCGCCCGCCUCUCCCGGGCGAGCGGCCGACGGAGAGGAGAAGCCCGAAUCGGAGAUAAGUGACGCCUACUGAGCAGUGGACGGGAACGGUCGCAGGUAGGCGACAGUGGGGGCAAUGAGCGGGCAACAGUUGAGCAUCGAGCGGGGAAUGGCCGAGCAACGAUCAGGGCCAGCGUCCGGGGAAUGCUUGGGCAAUACUCGGGAUGGAGUAGACACCGAACGGUGAAUGGUCGGGCAACGGUCGGCCGAAGCUGGAGGAUUGAGCGACCCUCGAGCGAGCGAUGGUCGGCAAGUCAGUUCUGAAUGCGGGGUGAUAAUCUGUGUACAGUGAGGAUUACUGACACGGAAGUGUUUUGUGCGUCUGCUUGUUUCAUCUGAGCAUUUGUAUCAUAGAAGCAUUGCUAUGUACUUCUUAUACAUACAUUCUUAUUUCCA